AUGGAGAUGGAUUUGUUUGUCACUCCGGAGAAGCAGAGACAUCAGCCUUCAGUGAGCUUGGGGAAAACUCCAGUGAGAAGGAAGUUGAUAGUUGACGACGAUAACGAGAUUGGAUCAGAGAAGAAAGGGCAAUCAAGAACUGCUGGAGGAGGGCUUCGUCAAUUCAGUGUCAUGGUUUGUCAGAAGCUGGAAGCCAAGAAAAUAACUACAUACAAGGAGGUUGCGGACGAAAUUAUUUCAGAUUUCGCCACAAUUAAGCAAAACGCAGAGAAGCCUUUGAAUGACAAUGAGUACAACGAGAAGAACAUCAGGCGAAGAGUCUAUGAUGCACUCAAUGUGUUCAUGGCAUUGGAUAUCAUCGCAAGGGAUAAAAAGGAAAUCCGGUGGAAAGGGCUUCCUAUUACCUGCAAGAAGGAUGUGGAAGAAGUUAAGAUGGAUCGAAACAAGGUUAAGAGUAGUGUGCAAAAGAAGGCUGCCUUUCUUAAAGAGUUGAGAGAAAAGGUGUCAAGUCUUGAGAGUCUUAUGUCGAGAAAUCAGGAGAUGGUUGUGAAGACUCAAGCCCCAGCAGAAGGAUUUACCUUACCAUUCAUUCUACUUGAGACUAAUCCUCACGCAGUAGUCGAAAUUGAGAUAUCUGAAGAUAUGCAACUUGUACACCUCGACUUCAACAGCACGCCUUUCUCGGUCCAUGACGAUGCAUACAUAUUGAAACUGAUGCAAGAACAGAAGCAACAGCAAAACAGAGUUUCUUCUUCCUCUUCUACACUUCAGCAAUCUCAACUUUCCUCUGCUCAUUCUUCCUCCAGUUCUUGCAUUGCUUCUGGAACCUCAGGCCCUGUUUGCUGGAACUCGGGAUCCAUUGAUACUCGCUGA